UCUCCACCUAGAUCGUCACCUUCUUUGACUUGAUUUUGGGGUCAGCAGCCUAAACGUAAUAUUUUAAAUUAAUAAAUACAUUUUGAAAACUAAGAAAAAAAAAUCUAGAAACCUUUGCAAUCUCUCUAUCUUUUAACAUCUUGGCAGAGAGCAAGCGGGAAGAAGCGGGAAGUUCCUUAGCACGGUUCCGGGUUUCCUUGCGCCCCGCCCGUCGGCUCGCCCCACCACAGCUACAGGCUUUUUAGUCCCUGGUUCGGUCUGUCCUGCGGGGAACAAUCCCUGUCCAUCCGUCUGCGCUCUGCCCGCCCGCCGGGCAUCUGCCCUUCUCUCCUGACUCCGCCCCGCAUCUGUCCGGAACCGCUUCGCGUCUGAGCUGACCCAGUACGCGUCCGCCAGUCAGUCCCUCCGGACCGGCCGCGAGUCUCAGGCUGCCGAAAUCACCGCGCAUCACUCGCCUCAACAGUGAUUCUGAGUCUGCUUUUAGCUUUCUUCGCCUUGGCUUUUUUCUGUUUGUGAACAGCUGUUUGGCCCAUAGCUUAGAGAAAGCAGCCUUUUUUUCUCUCCCAAGAGAGCCUUCUCCCUGUGCUCAGAGAGAUGGGGAGUGGGGAGCCUAAUCCUGCUGGCAAGAAAAAGAAGUACCUCAAGGCUGCCCUGUAUGUGGGUGACUUGGACCCAGAUGUUACUGAGGACAUGUUAUAUAAAAAGUUCAGGCCUGCUGGACCUCUGCGCUUCACCCGAAUCUGCCGUGACCCAGUGACCCGCAGCCCCCUGGGCUAUGGCUACGUUAACUUCCGCUUUCCUGCGGAUGCUGAGUGGGCGCUGAACACCAUGAAUUUUGAUUUGAUUAAUGGCAAACCAUUCCGUCUAAUGUGGUCUCAGCCAGAUGACCGCUUAAGAAAGUCUGGAAUUGGAAAUAUAUUCAUCAAAAACCUGGACAAAUCCAUUGACAACAGGGCCCUUUUUUAUCUGUUUUCAGCUUUUGGGAGCAUUCUCUCCUGCAAAGUCGUAUGCGAUGACAAUGGCUCUAAGGGUUAUGCCUAUGUGCACUUUGACAGCCUGGCCGCUGCCAAUAGGGCCAUCUGGCACAUGAACGGAGUGCGGCUCAACAACCGCCAGGUGUACGUUGGCCGAUUCAAAUUUCCGGAAGAGAGGGCUGCUGAAGUUAGAACUAGGGAUAGAGCGACUUUCACUAAUGUUUUCGUUAAAAACUUUGGAGAUGACAUGGAUGACGACAAACUGAAGGAACUUUUCAGUGAGUAUGGGCCAACUGAAAGCGUUAAGGUAAUAAGAGAUUCCAGUGGGAAAUCGAAAGGCUUUGGAUUUGUGAGAUAUGAGACACAUGAGGCUGCCCAAAAGGCUGUGUUAGAUCUGCAUGGAAAGUCCAUCGAUGGGAAAGUGCUCUAUGUAGGGCGAGCACAGAAGAAAAUUGAACGUCUUGCAGAGUUAAGGAGAAGAUUUGAGCGGCUGAGAUUAAAAGAAAAAAGUCGGCCUCCAGGGGUGCCUAUCUAUAUUAAGAACCUGGACGAGACCAUUGAUGAUGAAAAACUGAAGGAGGAAUUUUCUUCCUUUGGGUCAAUUAGUCGGGCCAAAGUGAUGGUGGAGGUGGGGCAAGGCAAAGGGUUUGGUGUUGUCUGCUUCUCCUCUUUUGAAGAGGCUACCAAAGCAGUAGAUGAGAUGAAUGGUCGCAUAGUGGGUUCCAAGCCUCUGCAGGUCACUCUGGGCCAGGCCAGGCGCAGGUGGUGAGGAUAAGAAUGCUCAAUUUGUUUCAGCCUUAAGCUGGUGCCUACUUAGUUUGGGCUACUUUGUGAUAAGAGGUUAUUUUAUGUCAAUUAACAGGUUUUUUUAAGUGAAUACUUUCCUUUGGGAAAAAAAAAAAAAAAAAGUGAAACCAGAAAGCCUUGUUCAUUUUAGUGAAGAACAUAAUUUCUAAUUGUAAAACUGUCAUUUUGUACUAUUUUUCGAUAUAAUAUCCUUAGGAAUAUAUAGAAUAAAGUUUAUUCCUCCACAUACUUGUCCUAAACCAAUCAACAUGAGUUAAUUGAGUAUAUGUCCUUCCUUAUUUCGCUAAUACUACUAAAUUUCAUUUCUCCUAAUGAAAUUUCAUUAGAUCCUUACAUCUGAGUCUAUCACAGUGAAAAUUUCUAACUUGCUUUUUGAGAAAUCAGUAGAGCAGGGGAAAGUGUAUGUGAUCCAGUUAAUGUUUAUGCAUAAUUUGACUUUAAAUUAUUAUUUAAAAUGAAUAUUCCCUUUUAAAGAUGUGAGCUUUUUCCUUCUUUUAUUUAUUUAUAUUUUCCCUUCUUUAUUAUGCUGAGGGCAUACCACAGACUUCAUAGUGGAUUUGAGUAAGUUUUGAGAGUUUCCACUAUUAACUUUAUAACUUCAAUAAGCAUAUUGGUACUUUACCAAUCAGUACAUUAGAAUAUUAACACUUUAAAGAUUGAUUUUUUUUAAAUUCUAAGUUUCAUCUUAGAAACCUUUCCUCAGAGAUUUAAUAUUUGAAGACAGGCUAAGGAGCAUUCUUAUCACUUGUUUUGCUAAACUCUUUAGUAUGUAUAUUUGGAUUGUGUUUAAUUAACAAAAAAGGUGAAUAACAACACUAAAUUGCCUUUGUCUAUAGUUAAUUUUAGGAUUACCUUCAGCCUUUGUCGUGUCAAUAUAAAAGGUAAAUACUCCAUGUAAUGAUGUUGAAAACUACUUUGAAGAAUAACUUCUAUUAAACUUGUUAUUACCUCUUGUAAACUGUUGAAUAUAUUCACAAGAUAAUAUUCACAGAUGUUUCAAAAUUAAGGAAAAGGUCCUCUCUCUUGAUUAAGUAGCAUACCUCCAUCAUAUGAGAUCUCUUAAUCCAGUAUGAUUCUCUUUUUUGUCUAGCUACUUGGAAGUUAUGACAAAAUAUUCUGUUCUAUGUUGCAGUUAUGUUAUUUGCCCUGUGACUUCUAUAUGAUGGAUUUUCUGUGUUUCACUUGUAGUUCCCUCUUGUCCACACCCAUCUACCUUUCAAUCUGUAUUACACUUACUUUCUUAUUUUCUUUGGAUUGUGCUGCUGCUCUGUUCAGUCACUCAGUCAUCUUCAACUCUUUGAGACCCCGUGGACUGUAACCCACCAGGCUCCUCUGUCCAUGGAAUUUUCUGGGCAAGGA